AUGGACUCGGAGGAUGGACAGAUUUUUGUAAAGGCAAGCAUUAAUCUAGCAUACUUCGUACGCACACAUGAACGAGCCCUGGCGAAUGCGCUGCAGUUACAGCGCACCCGCUAUGGCGUCCAGCAGGCCACUGUAGGGCCAGCCUCCGCUACCGCUCCAACAUCCACGAUAAGCCUUGCGGACGCCCUCAAUCGACCUUCUGUCUUCUCGUCGCAGACGAUCAGACCCGCCAAACUCACACUCACACCGCAUCAUCUUUGGUUCUUGCUCAGCAAGUUCGUCGAUCUCGGUGUCGAUGUCGGACCGAUGAAUGUGCGGUUGGAGAAUCUGCAUAGUGAUGCCGCGCCUUCGAACUAUGUCUCCUUCCUGGGGCAUGCGCCAAAAUCGCGAGGCAAGCAAUCCGACGCCGACUCGCUAAAGUCGGUGUCAAGCGUAAGGAGCAUGAUAUCGACAGUGUCUUCCAUGUGGUCAGGCUUCUCGCUAUCGAAUAGCGCAGCGAAAGAGGAGAAGCGAAUGGCUCAAUACAAGGACGACAUUAGAUAUCUCUACUCAUGCUUCACGAAGAUCCCGGCGUUGAAGCUGUCGCCAGACCACCGAGCACGACUGAUUGCCGGGUACGAGGAGUUCCCGUUUGAUACUGCCGUACCAGUGUUUGUCUUCAAGAAUCUUAGUGCACUCGAAAUAUGCGACCUUGACUUCAGGCAAUUCCACGGUUGGGACAGGCUAGCGGAGCAGCUGCGGAGUCUUACAGUGCGCCGAGCACACCUGGACGAUCCAAUCGAUCUACUACAGAACAUCGUGCUGGACGACAUUGAAAAGCGGCGUAAGCGCUCUUCGAAGACUCAGGCUCCCACAACGCCAUCUACGCCGGGCGUACCGUGGCCCACUGGCAGUCCGCGAAUAAGAGGCGCGGAGCUGGCACGAUCAUUCUCUUCCCCAAACUCGCCUCUUGCGGAUCAGAGGCGAAGCUCUCUUGGUGGUUCUCUGACGCCAGGUGGAUCGGCUGAAAUCGUGAGGACGCCAAUGCAGCCUGUACGACAGCGAAGCAACUCGCCAAUCCGACCUCCAAGCUCGAGACAUGGGUCGCUGCACAAGCCUCGCCGAAAUGCUGCACAUGUUUACCGAAGGUCAUCUGGAAGCUCAGCCGAAAGUGAUGGUACGCCUCGACAUAGCACCGCGGAUUUACUGGCUAUGAACGUUCUACCACCAUCGAAGUGGCGGAUGCUAAGACACCUGAGCUUAGCCGAGAAUGGCCUUACUUCUCUGACGGCAGAAAGCUUGCGGCCAGUCGCCGCUACGCUGCAGUCCCUCGAUCUUUCUGGGAAUCUGUUCACUGAAAUACCGGAUGCGCUGGCAAGCUUGACGCACUUGCGCGCUCUCAACAUGAGCAACUGCAUGAUCGAUAGCUUGAAGUCACUUGCGAAGUAUCCGCUUCCCGCAAUCACGACGCUGAACUUGCGGUCAAACCGCUUGCUCUCGCUUGCGGGCAUCGAAAAGGUCCCGACUCUCGAAAGGGUCGACCUGCGCGACAACAAGCUAUAUGAUCCUACGGAGCUGCGCCGCUUGACAACCGCAUUGGACCUGGUGGACGUGUACGUCCUGAAGAAUCCUUUCACUCGCACGCACGGUGACUACCGAGUCGUCAUCUUUAACGCUUUUCGAGAUACUCCAGGCCAUAAUGCUGAGCUCACAAUUGAUACCCUGGGUCCAACAUACAACGAGAAGAAGCUUUUGCACGACAAAGCCCCCGAGCCUUCGCCAGUGCCCGUGGUUCAGCCGCCGGCGGAGGAGGAGGAAGAAGAGCAAGCGAAGGCGGCCCCGGAAGUCGAAGAUGCAGUAAGCGACUUGCGACUCGAGCCGCCAGCAUUGGAGCGAGAGCAGUCGCUUCAAGGCUACAGUCAUAGACGAACGACGAGCGACAUGGGUCCGCAGUCGCUGCGGCGGAAGAAGCGAGCUCCGCGGAAGAGAAUCGUCGAGCUCUCGCAGCAAGAGGCUUUUUCAACAUCGCCAGUGGAGCCAUCGCUUCUUCAUACCGCGGAAGUACCGCCUCAGACUCCAUCAGAGGCUGAUGAGCCGACCACCCCCGAGCCAACACCCUACCAUACCGCGCCAACAACGCAGAUCCAAACUGAAACAGCGGUGCGUCGGCCCACGGUGGAUACUUCGCUAGCUUCGCCCACACCAGCGCCUAGAAUCCGCGAGGUGUCCGACGACGACGAAGCACCGAGUCGGUCGCCUGAAGCUGUUGACUCGAACAGUGACCUGUACCGGCAGAAGAUCGAGGCGUUAAAGAGCGAGCUCGGCUCGAAUUGGUUAACAGCUCUCAGCGAGGAUCGGUUUGCUGAGCAGCAGACACGGAAUCGCAGUUACAGUCCGACAUCCCGAACAUCAACUGUUAAAUCAGGGGACCAAGUCCGUGGCGUCAGUGUGGGCGCGCGCACUCUGGGCUAA